AUGUGGCUGACUGCUGUGGAUCCAAUGGGCGCCCAUUCACAUCAGUAUAAACCUGUCCGGUCACAGAGGGAGGCUCACCUGCAUAGCGUGGAGAGGCAUGAUCCAAAGCAUAAUGAGCCGGAGAUGGAGCUCGAGAUGGUAUCCGUUGUUGUCCAUCAGGCAACAUUUUGGGAGUACCAGGCUCCCUAUACACUCGGUUCAACUCAUGAGCAGUUGGUGGGAGACCUGGUGGAGGGAGAGGCGAAGGAGGUCCCUGGGGUCCUGCUCUGA